AUGGCAGCAGACCUCGACAGGAAGGGUGUAGAGAGCUUUGUGAGAUCGGUGCCGAUGCAAGGGCUCGUCACUUUUGAUUCAGAGCGAGAUGCCAAAGUGGCAAAGCUAUGCAGACUCUCGUCAUCGGGUCAACGGGAAUGCAAUGAAGUCGCACUGCAUUCGAGGCAACUCUUUGAGCAUCUCACCAAGCUCGGUUUCUUUUGCACUUCGCCCAUCGAUCCCUCAAAGACAGAGAUCGAAUGCAGGAGGAUAGCCAAAGCACCGGUGACGAGCUUAUGA